CUCAUAUACAUACACAAUUACACACACAUUCACACAUCAUUCGUCACCCAUCAAACCCUAAAUAUAUCUAUUUCCUCUCUUCAUCUUUCAAUAAUUUGACAAAUCAAAUAUAUAUUCAGUUUCUCUCGGCGAGGCAUAUUACUUAGACAGAGAUUACAAAAAAAUGGUGGUGGCAACUCAAAUGAGCCCAAUACGGGUCGAAAAGAUCCGAGAGAUAAAGAUACCAACAAUUGAUCUUUCGGGAAAAGAAUCACAAGUAUCAAAGCUCAUUGUAGAAGCUUGUGAAGGAUAUGGUUUCUUUAAGGUCAUCAACCAUGGUGUCCCUCAUCACAUUAUACAAACGAUGGAAGAUGAAAGCUUUGACUUCUUCCGUAAACCCUUAUCCGAAAAACAACGGGUCGGGUUGACCAAACCUUUUGGAUACGGAAACAAGAACAUCGGACUUAGUGGCGACACGGGGGAGCUUGAGUAUCUUCUUCUGCAAACCAAUCAAAACGCUAUUGAUCACACUUCCAAGCUCAUCUCCAAUUCCCCAUCAAAAUUUAGUUCUACAGUAAGUCGGUAUGUAGAAGUGGUGAGGGGAUUGGCAUGUGAAAUAUUAGGUGUGAUGGCGAAGGGGAUUGGGGUCCCACCUUCACUCUUUACGACUUUGCUUACAGAUCACGACAGUGACUCACUCUUUAGACUAAAUCACUAUCCAAUUGUCACUGACACGUCAUCAUCUUCCUCUUUCCACCAUGGCAAUACCCCUAUUGGAUUCGGAGAGCACUCUGACCCUCAGAUCCUGACACUCCUCACAUCCAACGGUGUUCCUGGCUUGCAGAUAUCAUUGGGAAACGGCGUUUGGGUGCCUGUCAACUCGGAUCCAGAAGCUUUUUGUGUCAUUGUUGGUGAUCUUCUACAGGUGAUGACAAAUGGAAGGUUUAAGAGUGUUCGGCAUAGAGCGAUGGCUAACACAUCAUCAAGAGAAUGCAGGUUGUCGAUGGUGUUUUUUGGUGGACCUCCGCCACAAACCACAAUCACUUGCCCACCACAAUUACUCAAACUAAACAAACCUCCACUUUACAAACCAUUCACUUGGGCCGAGUACAAGUCCCACACGUAUGCCCAUAGGCUUGGUGAAACUAGGCUUGAUCACUUCAAGCUUCCCUAG